GCUACCUUACUAACCUCCGGAUGCUGACUACGUGAGAUUAGUGGGGCUGAGCCCAAAGACGGUUCCCUCUUUUGACAACAGGGUAUCACAUCGAGGAUGUGACGCGCCUUGCGCGCGGGAUCAGCAUUCUUUAGUUCAUUCCUUCAAAACUCGACAUGAGCCUCUUGAUCCUGUGCAUCGAGUGUCUCUUGGUAUUCGGCCUCUGCCUCGGAACAUAUAACCUCGCGAAAUGGCGCUUUGUCAAGACCUCCUUAGACAAUGUGCCAGGUCCCCUGCCGCCGUCGUUCGUGACAGGAAAUAUGGGACAGUUUCGCGGCCCGCAUUCCAUUGAGCUCCAGCGCGAUCUAGUGGAUAACUAUGACAGUCAUGUGGUAAGACUACGCGGCCUUCUCAACGCGCCAGUGCUGUACAUCUAUGACCCAAAGGCACUCCAUACCAUCCUGAUCAAGGACGAGAGCAUCUGGGAAGAAGUCCCAAGCUUCAUCGCGACAAACCUGGCGUUGUUUGGCCCCGGAUUAUUGUCUACACUCGGUGAGCAACACAGGAAGCAACGCAAGAUGCUGAAUCCCGUCUUCUCUAUCAACCACAUGCGGACCAUAACACCGAUAUUUUACGAUACCACACGGAGACUUCAUGAUGCCAUCGAGUCACGGGUCAAGAACGGACCGCAAGAGUUAGACAUGGCAGGCUGGAUGGGCCGAACUGCACUAGAACUCAUCGGACAGACCGGUCUCGGUUAUUCGUUCGAUCGGCUCGUGGCGGACGAGAAAGACGCGUUUGCUGAGUCCUUGAAACAAAUGUUCCCAAUCAUCUCCAAGCUAAAGGAACUGGCAUUGAUACUGCCUCACGUACGCCAGAUCGUACCCGCCUGUCUGCGAGGUCCUCUCAGCCGUGUCCUACCAAUAUCGACCGCGCGUGACAUGAAGUACACCGCGGAUUUCGUGGCGCAGAGGUCGCAGGAGGUAUUCGAGUUGAAGAAGCGCGCCCUGCAAAAAAGCGACGAAGCGUCUGCAGAGCAGGUUGGACAUGGCAAGGAUAUCAUGAGUAUUCUCAUCAAAGCGAAUACAAGUGCCUCCGAGAAGGACAGCCUGACAGAGUACGAGCUAGUCUCGCAGAUGUCCACCAUGAUCAUGGCGGCAAUGGACACUACGUCUAACACUCUGUCGCGGAUCCUACUGCUUCUCGCUGAACAUCCGGACGUCCAGCAGCGAUUACGGACGGAAAUAAUCGAGGCUUCGCAAGGCGAGGAUCUCGCUUACGACGCUCUCAUGCAAUUGCCUUAUCUAGAUGCGGUGUGUCGGGAAAGCCUCCGUCUGCACCCCCCUUUGCUAUGGUCUGGCAGAAUGUCUACACGAGACACGACCAUACCCGUCUCGAAAACCAUCCCCGGAUUGGACGGCACGCCAAUCAGCGAGUUUGCAGUGCCGAAGGGCACAGAAGUCAUCGUCGGUGUCCUAGGCUGCAACACGAGUAAGGCGUUCUGGGGUGAAGACGCGAUGGAAUGGAAGCCGGAGCGUUGGCUAUCGCCGCUGCCAGACUCCGUGACUGGGGCCGGCCUACCAGCUGUGGCAGGGAAUAUAAUGACAUUCCUUGGAGGCAAGCGUGCCUGCAUCGGAUUCAAGUUCGCCGAGAUGGAAAUGAAGGUCGUAUUGUCCGUGCUGCUGCCGAGCUUCGUUCUAGCUCCGACCGAGAAAGAGAUCAAUUGGAUCCCAGCGCCGGUGUGGUAUCCAGUCGUAGGACAAGACCGUUCCCAUCCGCGCAUGCCCCUCCGAGUAGCCAUGUACACAGGCGCGGCUUGAGAGGACUGUCUGUGAUGUUUGUAAGUCGGAUUUUAGGGUUCAGAUACGUAGAGAACGGUCGAACGUGAGCGUAUAUGUACUUAACAGU